UUGAAUAAGGUGAUCACUGCUGAGCACAUGAGUACACACUUAGAUGCUCCAUAUCACUUUGCUGAAUUUGCCUGGAAACUGGACCAGAUUCCCUUUGCCAACCUCCAUGGUCCUGGUGUUGUCCUUGACAUCCGUGAAAAGGUGAAAAAAUCAGCACCGGGGGAAGAGGCAACUGUAGAUAUAUCAGAUGCUGAAGCAUGGGAAAAUAAAUAUGGACAAAUUCCUAAAGGUGCCAUUGUCAUAAUGAAUUCUGGUUGGUCUAAAUAUUGGCCUGAUACAAACAGGUUUGUGGGUUUAGUCGACACUGAAGAUCACUCCAAAGGUAUGGCCUCCCCAGGGUUUAGUCCAGAAGCUGGCAAGAUGGCUCCUUUUUGAACGUGAUAUAAUUGGCAUAGCAGUUGACACAAUCAACUGUGACAUCGGAAGUGAUCUUACAUUUCCAGUUCACAAUCUCCUGCAACCCGAGAACAUAUGGUGCGGUGAAAUGAUCGCCAAUAUAGACCGCAUACCAGUAAAUGGAACCCAAAUAUUUGUCUUGCCUAUGAAGAUAAGAGAAGGAACUGGUGCCCCUGCUAGAAUAUUUGCAGCAUGGAAAAAUAAAUACUUGAAAGGAUAAAUAGAUGUCAUUUAUUAGAAGGAGUGCAAAACUGUAACAAGUGCCUUUAUUGCAACAAAUACUAACAAGACAGAUGUUUAACAGAGAAAAAAAACAAUUUGCUAAUGCCCCUUAUACUAUAUAAAAAAUUCUAUAUUUUUAAGUACAAAACAUAAAUUCUUGAAUCGUAUGAAAUCAUUGCUUCAGUUGAGCAAUGAUGCCUAGCCUGAACUUGUUGAAAUGCUGAUCAGUCUUGUGAGUUAUAUUCACCUAGGAAAAACUCUGGGUACAUGCACCCCAUAUGCUACGUUCAAUAGAAUUACUUUUGUCCAAAUUUGGAAAAUGAACAAUGUCAAAUUGAAGUCGACUAGCUUAUUGAUUUGUGAAUACUUUUAAGCAAUUAAGUAGUGGCUUCACCUCAUGAAAUUGAGCAUUUUGGAAAGUCAAUUUAAUAUGCUAAAAUUCUAUCUAUCAAGGAGAUCAAUAAUGAUAGCUUUGUAUUUGUAUCAGUAUUUUUUGUAUUAGAAACAAAGUAACUAUUAAUGUUUUAUGAAUUC